AAAUACAGUCAAGAAAGAGAACACGUUAAAGACAGAAAUCAGGAAGCAACCGAAUCUCCAAGAUACAUUAGACAUUUGAUCAGAGAGACUAUUAUAUUAUGAAAGACAAACAGAGUUAAUUUAAUUUAUUGUAUUUGAUGGGAUGCUGGUCCCCCUCCAAAACAGUAGGUGGCGGUAAUGCACCGUUAACGCUGGUUGCCACCCGCCAUUACAUCGUAAAAAGAAGAAGAAGACCCGGGGUUUUUGAAUCAGGUUUGUGUAAAAUUGUCCCGGACCGAAGCAAAACACACACACAAACGAACCAACAUACACAUACAAACACACAGGUAUUUAUUUGAGAGUGGAGGCCCGGGAUGUCCUCAUCAUGGACUGGGACCAGCUGGAGCUCCACCCGAGGAUCAUCUCUGCGGUGCGGAGAUGUGCUCUCUCUGUCCGGGCGGUGCUGUGUGUUUCUGCCCCGGACCUGCAGCGGCUCUCCGGUCUGUCCCGCUCCGACACCCAGCAGCUGCUCACCGCCGCUGCCACAGCCUGCCGCCGCCACGCGCCCCUCCCUGCGCUCCUGAGCCGCGGGUUCCAGUCCAGCCUCAGACUCAGCGUGGGCUGCCCCAUCCUGGACGAGCUGCUGAGGGGGGGGCUACCCGCGGAGGGGGUCACCGAGCUGUCCGGAGAGAGCGGCGCGGGGAAGACUCAGCUGGCUCUGCAGGUCUGUCUGUCUGUGCAGUACCCCACACAGUACGGAGGUCUGGACGCAGGAGCCGUGUUUAUCAGCACCGAGGACUCUUUCCCGGUCCGGCGGCUGCAGCAGCUGAUCCGGGGUCAGUCCUGUCUGCGCAGCGACGUCCCUCCCUCGCUCAUCAGCAGCCUGAACUUCAGCGACCGGGUCUACAUCGAGCACGCCGCAGACCUGGCCUCUCUGCAGGAGUGUGUGUCCCGCCGCGUGCCCCUGCUGCUGGCUCGCGGACUGGUGCGUCUCGUGGUGGUGGACUCGGUCGCUGCGCUGUUCAGGUCGGACUUCCUGGCUUCUGAUUGGCUGGAGAGGAACAGACAGCUGCUCACCUUCUCCGCCGCUCUGCACCACCUGAGCCGGGAGUAUAGCACCCCUGUACUCUGCAUCAACCAGGUGACGGAUGUUUUCAGCAGUUCGGACAGUUUGGUCCCAUCGUCCAGCACGGGGACCCCCACCGUGGCCCCCGCCCUCGGAUUGGCCUGGGCUAAUCAGGUGAUGGUCCGGCUGAUGAUGUGGCGUCUCCAGGGAACGGUCUCCCGUGGCGACCAGAGCAGCGCCCCGCGCAGGCUGCAGGUGGUGUUCGCUCCUCACCUGGCCCGCGGGGGCCGGGGGGCCGGCGUGUGGAGGGAGGGGGUCCGGGGCCUCACAGAAACCGCAUGAAAUUAUUCAUAAAAAUAUAAAUACAAGAUUCCCCCGAUACACCUGUACACACACACACCUGUACAAAAAAACACAAGUGUAACAGCCUUGUUUUUAUGUUACAUAUUACUCACCUCUUUGCUGCACGCUUGUAGUCGAACUACAGAAAAGCAGGUUUACAGAGACCUUGAGUAGCUAUGCUAUGAGAAUAUUACUAAAGAGACCCAGAUGGUGUAGUGAAAGUUAAAUGUUUGAGGCUGUGGGAGUCUAUAAAUUACAUAAUGUUCUAAGAAAUCUCCAAGAGAUUAAGAAAGAGCAACUAUUACUCAGUAAUCCAAUACCAUCUGUGCAGACAUUGGUUAGGUGUUCUCUUUGACAACAUUUUUUUUAAACCAUGUUUUUUAUUUUGCUUUUGUAUAUAAUUGAUUCCAUAUGAUAUAUUCUUUUAUGUAAUUAAACGUUUCUAAAGUUUUGAA